AUGUUCAACUUGUUGAGCUACUACUUCAACAACUACCCAUAUUCCCACAACAGUUUCCCCUACUGCGUCAUCUACCCAACCUCCCACGACAGCAACUACUUCAGCAACAUCUACCCAACCUCCCACUACAGUUUCUACCACUGCAACAUCUACCCAACCUCCCACAACAGCUACUUCUACUGCAACAUCUACCCAACCUCCCACAAUAGCUACUUCUACUGCAACAUCUACCCAACCUCCCACUACAGUUUCUACCACUGCAACAUCUACCCAACCUCCCACAACAGCUACUUCUACUGCAACAUCUACCCAACUUCCCACAACAGCUACAACAACAUCUACCCAACCUCCCUCAACAGCUUCUUUUACUGCAACAUCUACCCAACCUCCCACAACAGCUACUUUUACUGCAACAUCUACCCAACCUCCCACAACACCUACUUUUACUGCAACAUCUACCCAACCUCCCACAACAGCUACUUCUACUGCAACAUCUACCCAACCUCCCACAACAGCUACAAGGACAUCCACCCAUCCCCCCAGAACAGUUUAUUCUACUCCAGCUACACGUUUUCAUAUUUCUAUAACUGGUUUCUAUCCCACUCUGUCUGCAACAACUACUUCCCCUACACCGGCUACACCGGCUACACCUACGACUACAGCCACUGCUGCAAAGUAUUCUCCUGCCCCUAA